AUGUCAAACAAGCCAUACCCGCCUGUCAAGCAAGGUACCACUCAAACAGAUGAAGAAAAGAAGAACGUCGACAUAGUCAGGGAAUACAUGCGUCUUGCCUACUCGCCCGAAGAGAAUAAAGGCCGCUCGACUGUUCAGCACCUUUGCCACGACGAUGCGUACUUCAUUGCGCCCACCACCUUUCCAGACUGCAAGUCGCCCCAAGACUACGCCGAAUCGCACUCCAAGAUCAUGGCCUGCGUGCCAAAUCUACACAUCAAUUCCUACGAUAUCAUUUUCGCGAAAGGAGGACAUGUAUGCUUGAAGUACAGCGCAUCGGGCAGCCACAACGGAGAACCGCACAAUGGAAUCGAAGCAACAGGCAACAAGGCAGCUUGGCAUGCCGCUGCCAUCUUCGAGGUCGAGGACGGAAAGAUCCGGGGCUGGAUCAAGGAGUGGGACAAGCUGCAUAUGUGGAAGCAGCUGGGCUGGAUGAAGGGAGACGAAUACGCCUAA